AUGUUUGCCGAGUACAGAAGCACUCCCGGGAGCAACAGAAAGAUGCAGGGAGUAACCCGCUUCUCAAACUAUGUUAUCUGUGCAAAUAUAAUUAUAGACCCUGAGUCACACGGUGGAAGGUGUGGGUUCUUCCCGGCCCCAGCUGUUACAGAACCCGAAGGUGCCAAGGGCGACGGGGAGAGGGAAGGCUUCUGGGACGAGGUUGCCGGGUCACUCCUGUUCCUGCUGCUGCUGCUGUCAGACCUGCUCCUGUGCAAGAGCGUGGCCUCCCUGCCCAUCUGUCCCAGCGGGGCGGUCAACUGCCAGGUGUCCCUGCGGGACCUGUUCGACCGCGCGGUCAUCCUGUCUCACUACAUCCACAACCUGUCCUCGGAAAUGUUCAACGAGUUUGAUAAAAGGUAUGCCCAGGGCCGGGGGUUCAUUACCAAGGCCAUCAACAGCUGUCACACUUCCUCCCUCCCUACCCCUGAGGACAAGGAGCAAGCCCAACAGAUCCAUCACGAAGACCUUCUGAACGUGAUACUCAGAGUGUUGCGGUCCUGGAAUGACCCCCUGUAUCACCUCGUCACGGAAGUGCGAGGACUGCACGAAGCCCCCGAUGCUAUUCUGUCCAGAGCCAUUGAGAUCGAGGAGCAAAACAGGAGGCUUCUAGAGGGCAUGGAGAAGAUAGUGCACCAGGUUCAUCCCGGAGUCAGAGAAAACGAGGUCUACUCCGUCUGGUCCGGACUCCCGUCCCUGCAGAUGGCUGAUGAAGACUCUCGCCUCUUUGCUUUUUAUAACCUGCUCCACUGCCUACGCAGGGAUUCACAUAAGAUUGACAGUUAUCUCAAGCUUCUGAAGUGCCGAAUCGUCUACGACAGCAACUGCUAAGCCUGUAUCCGUCCCAUCUAUUUCUGGAAGGGUCCCUAAUGAUCCGUCCCGCAGCAAGCUCCUCUUAGUGUUAUAGCUUUUUAAUGCGCGCAUGGGUGUAAUGGGUCUCAUCUUAAAAAAUAAAAACGGACUCCUCCGAGACGUCAAAAUCAAAAAAAGCAAUUCAUCAAAGUGUCUCAUUUUCAUUUAGUAGAGAAUCCAAAGAAGAUCCAUCACCACCACUGAACAGUUCCUGUUAAAAUUUGUCAGAAAUAGCAGAAGCUAGCAUUAGAAACAAGACCGUUAACGGCUUCCUUGAGGUUCACAGUAAAUUAUUACAGGUCAAAUGACCAGAAUCAAAGAAUUAGAUAAUUACGCAUCCUGCUGGUCCUGCUACCAGAAAGAGGGAACUCUCAGGACUCUCUGAAAGUCAGCCACACACCAUGUUUGAACAGACAAUGUAAGCACCAUGAAGCUGUGAUGUGCCCUCACAGUAUGAGGCUUACCGAGCCGUCUAAAACUUGGUAGGCUACCGUAUUCGUAGAUUUGAGCCGCUAUAACAAGACAUCACAGACUUACAACCAGCAGAAAUAUUCUUCUACAUCCUGGCCAGGGGAGGCCAUGGCAGGGAAGUCACAGACUUCUCCCUGUGUCCCCAUGUGGUGGAAGGAGCCAGGGAGCCCUGCGGGGUCUCUUUUAGAAGAGCACUAAUACCAUUAUGAGGACUCCAGCCUCAUGACUUAACACCUCCCAGAGGCCCCACUUACUGCUGCUAUUUGUUACUUUCCGGGGUUUAGGAUUUCAACAUCAGAAAUUGGGAGGAACACAAACACUCAGAUCAGGGCAGAUUCCAACAUGUCAUGGUGUUAUCCUUCUCCAGUGGCCGUUCUCAACCAU